GAUUUUUAUUCAUCCAAUAGUGAUAAGCUGGCAAAAUAAUAUUUAUGCCAGACAUUAUAGAAUAGCCGUAGAAGGCUUAAUCAACAUUUUAUUUCAGACUGGAAUUAACUUUCAUUUUAUCUCUAGACUUUUAGUGGUUCCGCCAUGGGUGUCAUCAUUAAGAAAAAUUAUAUAACAUAACUGUUGGUAAUGUCAUUCGUGCAACAAACUAAUAAUGCAUUAGUCAUGUAAAAUUUUUAAUGAUUAAAAAUUUUAUAAUAAUUAAAAGAUUUUCUAUUAUAAAUGUUCAUUGACUUGUUGUGAAUAUGAUAUUGAUACAAUUAUUGCAGCGGAUAAACACUCCACCAUUAAAUAUAAGAAAAAAAUAGUCAACCUCAUAUAAGAGAAAAAAAUUAGUAUCGAGUUAAAUUGCAAUUUUGAAAAAAGUUCAUGACCAAAUCAAUCUUCAUCUUAUACUCAAACCAAAGGAGAGGAAAAACCCCUUCCAAUAAAUCAAAAACCCUUUACACAAACCACAUUUAUCUAAUCGAACAAAGGGUCAAUGUGCCUCUUGAAAUUGUAACACUCAUUUAAUUCAAUUUGUAUUUUUUUUAGCAACUAACCCUAAAAGAUUUCGAAUAAUUUAUAUUUUUAUUGAAAAAAUAGGUUUAGGAUAAUUUUAUCGUAACAAUUAGGGGAUUCUCUAAUUCUUUUUCGUAUCUUUUAUUUCCGAUUUAUAUUUUACGUGUUUUAAAAAUACAAUUAUGGAUAAUUUGAUCAAAAAGUGAAGAGUUUUGAAUUAGUUGCUUAAAAAAAGUACAAAUUGGAUUUAACGACUCCGUGUUGCAAGUUCAAGGGUCGCGUUGACGCUUUGUUCUUAUCUAAUCUUACAGCAAGCUCCUAAAUCCUCAUACCUCCAGAGGAUCCAGACCGUCCAUCCAAAAUUUAAAACAACAAAAACACUGCUCUCCCGCAGAUAAUCUGAAAGUAUUGGACCGUAAGGAAACAAAUAUAACAGCCAGGUAACAUUAUAAAAUCACAGAAAUGACCGGCAUAAUUCUCAUUUUCUCUCUGAUAAACCAGUAACGUAACAGUCGAAGAAGAAGAAGUAGAAAAACCAGAGUGCCGCAACAAAUUUUUCUUUGAACAUACACCAAACAAUAAUGGAAAGCGUUAGAAAGAGUAAUAAGAACAAAAUUAAAGAAGAAGAAGGGGAAACGAAGCAAUGCGGACAAACUGUGAUACCUCGUAAAAUGAAGAAGAUCGUGAAAAACAUUAGAGACACUGUUGGUCAUAAGUUCACGGACACUGACGUUUACGACGCUCUUUGUGAAUGUCGUAUGGACCCUGACGACGCCGCUCAUCGGCUUAUUUCUCAAGAUGUUUUUCAAGAAGUGAAGAGCAAACGAGUAAGAAAAAAAGAGAGCAAAGAGAGGCGAGAAUCGAGGUCUCAUGAUAGCGAUAAUGUUUCUUUUGGAAUUCAAUUUGGCUCUGUAUCGAGAGAGGAUGUGUUCACUUCUCAGUCAAUAACUUCUUCAUCUAUGAUGAGUGGUGCACCGACACAGAGUACAAAGGAACAGCCUCCAUCACAGAGUGAUUCCUUAGAUGCUGAUAGAAGGAGCCAAACUGUUGGAACUGGUGCCACAUAUUUUCCUGAAAAAACUUCUGGAGAAUCGCAAGUUGCUAUGGUUGGGGGUCUUUCUGGACAUGAUUCUGUGGCUGAUGUUGUUAAGAUGGGUCAGUUACACAGUAAGGGUUCGCACAUGAAAGUAGAUGCAUCUUGUAGACUUCAAGAUAUAGAAACACCCGAUUCUUACUUUCAUAUUUCAGCUUCCUAUGAUUCUUUACUAUCUUCAAAGGGUAUUCACCAGGAUCUUGAAGGUCAACGUCAUACUAAUGUGUCAGAGAUUAUUCAGCAAUCUCGUGACAUCAUCAGCCAGCAAGAUUACGAAAAUAAAUGGCCUAUGAUUAAGCAGCAGACAGCCGUGAACAGGUCAUCAACUUUAAAUAUUCCAACUGCUUCUGACGUUGGGUUGCUUCCUCACCAUACUUACUCGUUGAGCGAUGACACCAAAUUGCACAAGAACUGUCAAUCAAAGGAUGUCCAAGUUUCACAGUCGAGUGUUGACUCAUAUAUUGUUGAAUCUAAUUCUCCAUCCAGUAACAUGGUAGAUACAUAUGGUUCUCGAAGUGAUUCUCCCUGCAAUGAUGGUUCAUUGAAGGACAUGAUUUCCUAUGGUUCUUCUAGAUGCAUAAAUGAACUGCUGAAAGGAAAAGGAAGCGACUCUGCACCUCUGAAUCUUAAUGAUGAAAUAUCAUCAUCUGCUGUGAGCUUGCAGCAGCUGAGUUUGGGGGAAGAUAUCAAAGCUGCACCAUUGCCAGAGGAUAGAAGUAAUAUGCAAGAUAUAGCUGCUGGCUGCGAAAAUUCGAGUUUUACAGAAUUGUCUUGUCCACUUGUUUCUGAUCCGCUAAAAAGUAACUUGGAGGUUACUGCAAUGGAUGAUGGUUCAUCUAUUCUUUUUGGGUCCCUUAGUGGUGAGGAGCUUAGAUUUAUGUCUGCUGCUCAUCCAUCAACUGGAAAUGUCUGGCAUCAGGAUUUGCCUGAAGUUUUGCAGCCAGAAUCAAGUAGACAAAACAUAAAUGAAUUUUAUAGUCAUGGGCAUGAUUUUAAUCCUCUAAAGUCUCUAUCUACUUUCAGUUCUAAGAAUAUCCAAGAGCCUAAUUUCCCACCAACCCUCGUGAUAGAACCACAGGACAGGGAUCUCACUCAAGAUUUGCAACCAAUUAAGCUUCCGUCAUUAGAAGAAAUACUGGCAUCGAUUACAAGUGAUUUUGAUGGUCUGAAUUCAUCUUUUGCUGAAGCGCCUCCAUCGCCCUCAAGGCAUGGAGAUAUCUUAUGUGGUGUUAACUCAACUACUCCCAUGAACGAGAUUGCGAAUUCUGGUUUCUUUUCUGGUAUGAGCCUUCCUCUGGGUCAUGCACCUCCCCAGAAUCUAUCAGCACAUUCUCUCUCUUCAAAUUUGACUGCCUUCCCUACCGGUCCCCAACCCUAUAUCCAUACUAGAUCUGCUAUAAACCAAGCAUAUCAAGAUAGCAGUACUUACAAUGAUCCCUCGGAAGGCAUGACCUACAAUUACCAAAAAAUAGAAGGCAUUCCGAGUUUCAGCUCGCCUUUGUCUAAUGCUAAGGUUUUUGGCUAUGGACAUGUGGGGAAUCCUACCAACUUUGCUGGAAGCUUUGUGAACAAUUUACCCACUACCCCUAAUGCUGCUGCUGCUGGCUAUGAUGAUCGUUUAAAUGUUCAGCAUGUUCAACAGAAUGAUGGUUUUUCUUCAAGGGGUCAUGUGGCUGGUUUAAGAGCAUUGCCGCUUGUUCCAGACAAUCGAUACAACUUGCUAAGUCAUGGCCAAUUGCUUUCUACUCCGCAAGAAGAAGGUCAAUCUCUUGUGCAGUAUCAACACGAUCAACAGCGUCCUACAUAUUAUCAACACGGUCAACUGUAUCCUACAUAUCCUCACCAAUACGGUCAGCCUCGUUCUGCAUAUAAUCAACUAUACGGUCAGCCUCGUCCUGCAUAUCAUCACCAACACGGUCAGCUUCUUCCUACAUAUUACCAACUAUACGGUCAGCCUUAUCAUCCAUAUCAUCAACACGGUCAGCCUCGUCCUACAGAUCAUCAACAACGUCCCUCACAUUAUCCCUUUCAGCAACAGCAACAGCAACAACAAUCACAGGGUUAUGGUGCUCGGGGCUCUACCGACAUAGACAAUUCUCAGCAAAGUAGUAAUGACCCUCCUAAUUUCAAUGAUGACAAUUUUCAAGGUUAACCCAAGCACCUAGACCAACUCUGGCAGCAUAGUUACUAAUGGUUGUAGGUCAUAUUCUGAAUCAUUUAGGCUUCACAGUGACUGAUGAUUUUCUUAUUACUGAGUUUUGAAGCGGCAAAUUAGGUUGGUUAAUAGUUCAGUCUAAUGUACGAUAAUUUUGAUGGUUAUGCAUUGUACAACUGUAUAUACCAAAAAAAAAAGAUGUAGAUUGGUAUGAUCACAUGCCUCAGUAUGUGUAUUUUUCCUGGUUUGAUAUUGAGGCGUGAUUGGAGAGAGGUACAAUGGAAUCUCUCAGUUUAGCAUAAUGUUGUGAUUGAAUAGUUGAGCAAUGAAUAUAAAGGAUUGUUUUCGGUUUUUUGCGCA